CCUUGAUUUGCAAUGGCUGCGCCCGGUGGCGUGGUUGAGGCGGCCGGCCCCAUAACCAUUGGAUGUGCAGAUUUUCUUGCCUUUCAGGAGGUGUUAAAGAAGUCUCGCACCAUAGAUGAUAAAAUCAUUUAUGCACUUAACAAAUCAUUGCCUACACAGUCUUUUGAGGGUCAAGUGGAUGCAUCCAAGACUUGCAAAGAUCUGUACUCAAAGCUAAGGGAAAGCUACCGUGCCCGUGGGGCAGCAAUCAGGCGCUGUGUGGAGGAGACAGCCGGCCAUGUGGAGGCAUUACGGCAGCGGCGUGAGGUCGACCAGGACAGCCAGGACAACUAUGACUUACUCAGGGAGCUCCGGAGGGAGCAGUCCAAGCUGCGGCUAUACCGGUCGGAGCUGAGCGUAGAGGAAGUGGUUCGCGACCGGAGCCGAGCGAUCGUCUCUGAGCGAUGUCGACUCUUCUACGCGCCCGACCCAUCCACCGACCUGCUCAACAACUAGUGGCUGCCGGCCAGGGGCGGGCCCGGCAACAGCGCGCGCGCCGGCAGCCGUGCGCCGGACCAAGCGGCGGGAGGCCAGAGUGAAUGGGGGUGUGUCUGCCGGUAUGAGCUUGCGUUGUUUGUAAUACAUUGCGCGACUUGGUGCCGAUGGUGUGUGCGAAUACGGGAGUGUGGCCGCCGCCCGGCCGGCAGGCAGGCUGCUGCCAGGUGCUGAACGGACGGUCGUUGUCCCCGUAGUCCGGUCGUGGCUGGCUGUGAGCCGGCCAAGCCGACCGCCCACGGUACAGCGCAGUUGUCGCGCUGUCGUGCUCAGCAUGGCGGGACGCACUGCCGCGCGAUGGAGGCAGCGUUUCACGCGGGUAGAGCAAUAUUGUGAACUGCUUGUUCCGUCGGACCAUCUAUGGGCAGCGGUACCUUACAAGCAUGCGUUCGUGUAUGUGCAACUUGUUUGGAACACUAGCAUGCACGAGUCGUGGGGUCGGCAAUGAACUUUGCAUGAUUUA